AUGAGCGAUAUCGAGGAAGGCCAAGAACGCGCCAGAGCUCAAGCAGGAGGCCCGGGGAGCAACAAUGCAGAGAACGGAGACCUCAACUGGCGGUCGGCAAUCUGCGUCGCGGGCUCGUUCUUGGCUCUCUUCGCCUCGUUCGGACAGAUGAACGCGUUCGGGACAUUCCAGACGUGGUACGCGGACCACCAGCUCGCGCACCUGGAGCCGUCGACGAUCGCGUGGAUAGGGUCGAUGCAGCUGUGGACGUUCUUUUUUCUGGGUGGAAUUGUUGGGCGCGCCUUCGACGUGUACGGACCCAUGCCACUCAUGGUAGGCGGAACAGUGUCGAUGCUAGCUAGCAUGCUCGCAACGAGCUUUGCAACGGAAUUCUACCAGUAUUUUCUCGCACAGGGACUGCUCUUCGGAAUCUCGAUGGCGCUACUAUUCUACCCACCUCUCAGCGCGAUUUCGACGCUCUUCCGACGUUACCGUGCUACUGCACUCGGAAUAGCUUCCGCAGGCUCGGGCAUAGGAGGCGUGGUGUACCCAAUAUUGUAUCAACAUCUGUUCCGACAGAUCGGGUUUGCGUGGGGUGUCCGCGCGGCAGGGCUUCUGUCUAUUUGCUGUUGCCUGGUUGCCGUCCUUGCCGUCAAGAGCGAUCCGCCACCCAAGCGUAAUACAGACAAAGGAGGUCUCUUCCAGAAAUGUACGAUUUCGGACCGACCAUUUGUGCUGCUUGUCAUUGGGAGUGCUUUUGUCGCACUAGGUCUUUUUUCACCCUUCUUCUACCUUGCCGACUAUGUCCAGAAUUUCAUACAAUCAACCCCCUCUCUAUCUACCUCCACGUCCGCCAUCUCGGUAUUCUAUGUCCUCUCCGUUAUCAACGCAGGAGGCACAUUAGGCCGCAUCAUUCCGGCGCUCCUCUCAGACGCCCUGGGGCGCUUCAACCUGCUCGCCCCGUCAGCGUUCCUUGCUGGUUUAUCAUGCCUUGUAUUCUGGAUGUUCGCGAACAGUAUCCUGGCCUCGAUGCUCUUCGCGGCGGUGUUCGGUUUUCUCUCCGGAGCGUUUAUUUCGCUCAUCACACCGUGCGUCGCUCAGAUCUCGGAAAAGCGCGAGAUCGGGACGCGGAUUGGGGUGCUAUACAGUAUGCUGUCUGUGCCGUCACUGCUCGGCGGCCCGAUCGCAGGCACCCUGAUCCAGCGCGGACACGGCUCGUACGAAGACAUGAUCGCGUUCGCCGGCGCUGUUAUCAUGGUCGGCUCGCUGUUUAUCUUCUGGGCGAAGCUCAGCAUCGACCGGCGCGUUCUUGCGACGGUGUAG